GGCGCGCAGGAGAUGCGGGACUUCAUGCGCGAGCUGCACGGCGCCUGGCCGGCGCUGCCCUUCCACGACCGCCAGCGCCGCGAACUGAAGAAGAGGUACAACAUCACGGCCCUCCCCAAGCUUGUGAUUGUGAAACAGAACGGGGAGGUCAUCACCCACAGAGGAUGCAAGCAGAUCCGGGAGCGGGGCCUGGCCUGCUUCCAGACCUGGGUGGAGGCGGCCGAGGUUCUCCAGAAUUUCUCUGGUUGAAUUGGGAGGGAUCUCAGAGCCCCAGGACAACAGCUUCUCCUAUGGCACAAACACCCAGGGAGAAAAAGGGAGCGUGUUUGCUUUCCUUCCUCUGCUGCAGUGAUUUCAUUUUCCUUCAGAGCAGAAGCUCUAAGCUGCAGCAGAGAGUGAAUGUUGCUCAGGAAAACGUGCUCUCAUUUUGACUCUGCAGCCUUGUUUGUAGCCAUUUUUAUUAUUCUUUGCAUAGCCUUGUCCACCUGCGCUUCAGGAAGGACCCUCAUAUAUUUACACUGAGCUGUUGGAAAUCUAUGCAAAACAUUAAUUCGUACAGUCUCUUCAUGUAAAAUGAUAUAUUUAUUGUUCUGUUUUCUGGUGACCUAUCUAUGUUAAUGGUAUGCUUUCACACCUAUAUUUAAAGUUGGCAGACUGUGUGCUUUAAUAAACAAAUCUAUUUCCACCCUGA